UCUGGUGAAAGAAGAUGUUCAGCGAGGAUAGUGUGUUGAAGUGCCACUGCAAGGUUUCAUCUUUGAGUGUAAGCUGGACUCACUGUUUGGAAGUGUUUAAGACUGGAAAGAUUUGAAACGUGGUUUCACUAUAGCUUGCCCCUCCGUGAUAUCAAAACAUCAUACAUUUAUUAUCAAAUGGCGGCAAAGUUGAAACGAAAAUUUUAUAUUGAGAUCAGCAUCCUUAUCCAGCUAUGUAGCUUUUACUUCUCUGCAGUCAUUUUUCCAAUUUGCUGGGGAUGUUCUGACCAAAUAGGUCAAGAAUGCCGAUCCAUUGUUUUCAAAGAAUCCUUGCAGGAAAAAGUCAUGAAGGGCCACCUGAUCAGGCUUGAAGAGGUGCCCCAUCAAGGCAGCUGUAAUGUGCUGUGUUAUAUGGAGCCCAAUUGUGUUUCCAUAAAUGUUGGGCCUUCGAAAGGAGGGAACUAUAUUUGCGAGCUGAACAAUGCUUCGGACGAAAGUCCAGGUUCGUCCGAUCUUCAGAGUAAACAAGAUUAUAUCCAUCUCAGUAUCGAGAAUCCCUGCAGCAGCAGUCCCUGUUUCAACAAUGGCACAUGUCAAGCUGGGUAUACUGAUAAAGGAUUUCGAUGUAAAUGUCCUUUCGGAUUUACUGGUGUACGCUGCGAGAAAGCCUGCAGCUUUGACUUUGAAGAUGGAAUCGGCGGGUGGGAAAUGACAGGCAGAGCUUUCAUUUACCAGCCUACAUUUGGUGACAAUCCAGCAGCUCGCGGAAGAGAAAGCGCCAAUCUGCAAGGGGACUGGUGGAUAGGGGGAGCCGAGAAACGGUCCAAUGAGAGCGAUCCCCCAGGAAAGCAGCAUCCAGAUGGAGCCGACAACCCCCACGGAACUCUCACCUCACCUUGUUUUCGUAUCGUUGGCAAGAAUAUCUCGUUUCUUAUUGGUGGGGGAUGUAAAAUAAAUGAAGUUCGUGUGGAGCUUAUUGUCAACAUCCAGGUCGUCAGAAAGGAGACUGGAAACUGUUUGGAGACAAUGUUCCGUAAGAGCUGGGACGUAGAGGAGUUUAUUGGUCAAUACGCGCAAGUCAGACUUGUAGAUGAGCGUUCUGAUGGUUAUGGUCACAUCAACUUUGAUGACCUUAAAGCAGAUAUCAUUUGUCCUCACUAUUUUGACGAGAAAAACUGAAGAGACCGCGGUUCUUGAAACUGACAUAUCACCUCAAGUCUGUUUUUCUUUUUUUGUUUGAAAAUAGUUACGUUGAAAGUAUGCUUAAAUCGCUUUUGAUGUAGUACUGUAACAGUACGAGAAUUAUUUGUCUACCGAGUGGGCAAUGAAUUUGUUCAAAAAUAACACACAAACAGCAGUGAUAAACAUAUUGAACUUGCACAUUUUGAUUAUUACUUGACGUUUCGUAUGUACUCAACAUACCUUUUCAAAAGUAACCGCUGAAACUUAAAACAGCUAUGCAUAUAUAAAGCCGAGGUGAGGGGACUGGAACCAAGAUUAAGCAUAAAACUUAACAAUAAACACUAGAGCAGAUUAAUAAAGCAACUGCUUUUCACUUCCGAUGUUCACGUUGAAAGCUGGCUCAAGUUCCUGAAUAAGUAAGGUAUCUUUGAUUUUACAAUGGUAGUGUGUUUUGCCCUUCGCCAAAAUAUCCACGAAGUUGUG